AUGGCUGAGCAACGCAGAGGUCCCAGAAGGCCCAAAACUAGGCAUGUGGAGCCCGAGCAAGAAGCUGGAGGUGCAGGCGUGCCUUGGCAACAGAUGAUGCAGCAGAUGAUGCAGCAGAACCAGAUGAUGGCUCAAAUGAUGCAAGGCAUGCAGGGACAACAACCUCCUGCUCAAGUUCCCGUUCCUCAAGCUGCAGUUGGACCUGAUUUUCGUGCCUUCUUCAGGAUGGAUCUCCCAGAGUUUGUUGGCGGACUUGAUUCACUCUUGGCUCAUGAUUGGUUAGCGGGUAUGGAGAGGGUGUUUCAAGCUAUUCAGUGUACUGAAGAAGAGAAUGUGAUCUUUACUACUCAGAAGAUGAAGGGACCAGCUCUUAGGUGGUGGAACACUACAUCCACUUAUUUCACCACUCAAGAGAUUCCUAAGGAUUGGCAACACUUCAAAGUGGCAUUCUUGGAGAAGUAUUUCCCUAAUAGUGUGAGGACUCAGAAGGAAAGAGAAUUCCAGAACUUCAAGCAAGGUGACAUGUCUGUUUCAGAAUAUGCGGAGAAUGUUUCUCAAAGAGAGUUCACCACUUAUGCUGAAUGUUUGAGGCAAUGCUAUGUUGCCGAAAACAGCUUGAAGAGGGUUCAAGAAGAGAGGAACCAGAACAAGGCUAAUUUUAGGGAGCAAGGGAGAUCUACUCAACAUUUGAGGCCCCGUAACCAUCCAUCAAAGAAGAAGCAGGUUUAUGGUGACCAAUCAGAUCAACCGCCUUAUUGUCGCAAGUGUAAUAGGAAGCACACUGGGGAGUGCCCCAACUCUUUAGUGACUUGUUACGAGUGUGGCGAGCCAGGUCACAUAUCCAGAUUCUGCCCCAAGAGGAGAGCUUCUGGGAAGACUACCGGUCGAGUUUACACUUUGGAUUCGAGGAAGGCUAAGGGAAACCAUAAUCUCAUUGCGG